GCAACUGACAGCUCAUAGUAAAACAAUUUGGGGCUCCUUGAAACGAACUAUUAAGCCCUAAAAUUCUACAAACAAAACAUGGCAAUUUCUUUCAUAGUUAAAGCUUCAAUCCAGCUUCAUUGUCGAGCCAUUUUCAUUCCCUGGGUGCAGAAGUACAGUGCCAUAAGCUGCUCCAGAGGCAGAGAUUAUAGCGCAUUUCCAGUCAAGCACAUUCCCAAGAAAUCUAAAGAAUGCCAAGAGUUGGAAGCUGCUUCACCAAGGAAGCCCUUUUUGGACAUAGAAAAGCAGAGUUACGUGGAUAGGAAUGUUCAGGAAACUGAAUUUUCUGUUGGUGGAAGGUUGAAGAAUGGAGGCAUAUCUUUUGAUUCCAAGUCUCAAAAUCAUAAACAAAGGCUUCUGACCAGCAUAGACAAUGAGGUUGAAUGGGGGAAGGAAGAUGAAGUUAACGGGCGUGCUGAAACUGAUAAAGCUAGAGUUGAUGCAGAAAGGAUAGCAGUUCAAUUACUUGCUUCAAGAGCACUCACAGCUGCAGAACUGAAGAAGAAACUCCUGGGAAGAAAGUUUACAAUCAGUGUUGUUAAUGCUGUAAUAACAGAUUUCCAUACCAGGGGUUUAAUCAAUGAUAGUCUGUAUGCUGAAAUGUUUUCUCGGUCCAGAUGGUCUUCCUCAAGUUGGGGCCCAAGACGAAUCAAGCAAGCCUUGAUCAAGAAGGGUGUAAGCGAAGCAGAUGCAAACAAGGCCGUAAAAUUGGUUUUCAAGAAUGACGAAGCUGGUGAAGAGGACGGCUCAGGAGAAUCAAGAGUUACUAUGUCGAGACCUUCUCGGGAUCAAUUGUUUGUCCAGACAUCUAAGCAGUGGCUUAAAGGGCAGGGUGUGCCUAGAGAAAAACGUAAAGCAAGGAUUGUUCGUUGGCUUCAGUACCGUGGCUUUGACUGGAGUGUGGUUAGUUUCAUACUUAAGAAGUUAGAGUCCAGCUAUCCUGAGUAGAGCCUCAUUACACAGCGAAAGGGAUUAUGAUGAUUUUGUUUGCUGAUGCCAUUGCCGGAUGAAGUAGGCAAGAGCACUGCUUCCUACUGUAAAAUGGCUCUUAGUGGAAGUACAAGAAAAUGGAUCAGUUAUUCACUCUAUUGUUGCCAUCUCAAAAAUAGUUUGAAGUGUUAAGAUCAACAUAGAAGGCGGGUUGUGUGGGCGAUAUAUUCAUCUUGUUAUGACAGGAAUGAGCAGUUUCACUGGAAGUAAUUGUACCUUGUGCCACAUUAACCAGAUUGUAAAUAAGAAUGCUUCAGUUUUCAACUAUAUGUUCUCUGCUUAUUCAUAUUAAUAGAGAAUGUUUGGAUACCUUGCUAUGUAUCAAUUCUACC